AAGCUUAGCUGGAGAAAGUGACGUCUCUGGGCUGUUCAAAUCUUUUUCUUUCUCUCUUCCGCAAAAAAUAAUUCUCUUCGCAAUCUUCCGCCGCCGAUAAUGCAGAUGCAGACGAGAAGUGUUCAAGUGAAGAAUGUCUCAGAUCUAGCAACGGAGCGGGAGAUUCACGAGUUUUUCUCCUUUUCAGGCGACAUAGACCACAUCGAGAUUAUACAAGAAGCUGGGAAUUCUAGAAUCGCAUUUGUUACGUUUAAUGAUCCGAAAGCCCUUGAAAUCGCGCUCUUAUUAUCGGGUGCCACAAUUGUAGACAAGAUCGUUACAAUAACUCCAGCUGAGAACUAUGUUCCUAGGCGUGAGAUACAGGAAGUAAGAACGGUAGAGAACGCGAUGCCCACAGCACCAACACGCCAGACCACGGAUGGCAACGGUAGAGCGUAUGUUAGUAAAGCGCAAGAUGUGAUGGCUACUGUUUUGGCAAAAGGGUCUGCUCUUGGACAAGAUGCAGUGAACAAGGCCAAAGCUUUUGAUGAGUUGCACCAAUUAAGAGCCAACGCUUCUGCCAAAGUUUCAUCUUUUGACAAGAGAGUUCGGCUUACCGAGAAGUUCAAUGUAGGCAUAUCUGCUGUUAACGAGAAAGUAAAAUCUGUUGAUCAAAAGCUUCAGGUUUCCGAUAAAACCAUGGCGGCAAUAUUUGCAGCCGAGAAGAAGUUGAACGACACGGGUUCAGCUGUCAAAUCAAGCAGGUACGUAACUGCAGGAGCUGCUUGGUUUAGUGGUGCUUUCAGCAAAGUUGCGAGAGUAGGUCAGAUUGCUAGCUCGAAAACCAAAGAGAAGUUCAAUCUAGCCGUCUCAAAUAUAGCUUCCAAGGAUACACCGAUUGCUGUAUAAUAAAGGUUGGAAUCGGGUAAAGCGUUGAAGUCAGGAUCAAUCAAAGCUGCAAAAAGCUACGGCCUGGCCUUAUGUGAACAAAUUUUGUGUGAUAUUCUAGCACAUUCCUCCUAUUCUUUAGUGUUUCAUCAUAUUCUCUGCAAUGGUCACCAAAAUUUACUUCAUUUGCUUCAUGUUUUGCAUCAGUGUAAGUGUUUUUGAAUUAACCUUUUCGGUCUGUGUUUGUAUUAGAACUGCAUUGAAACGAUGUGUUCUCUACCCUAUAUGAUAUCUUCCCUUUAUUUGAA